GCGGGCCAUCCAUCGCUAUUCAGAUCUCGUCCUCCCCUGCAUGAGAAGACAUUCCUGUCAGUUCCCAGGGGAUCCAGGACCCUGGACUCUGGCCCUGCUGACCCCUGAGCUUUUGACCACUGCUCAACCUCAUGAUGAAUCAGCUGAAGGUCCUGGCUGUCAGGUUUCGACCUCAGGCCUCCCAGCUUCUGGCAAAGCUCAAUGUCUCACUGCUGAGCCAGCGAGGUAUGUCCUCUAGGCCACCUGAGGCCUUCCUAAGCGGUACCAACAGCAGCUAUGUGGAGGAAAUGUACUUUGCGUGGCUGGAAAACCCACAGAAUGUGCACAAGUCUUGGGAUACCUUUUUUCGGUCUAUCAGCACGGGAGCAGCCCCAGACCACGCCCAGAUAGGGCUUCCACCCUUUAUUCACACAGCAGCUAUCCAAGAGGGCCCUGGAUACACCAAGAGCCAGGCUAUGACAGAGAAGCUUGUGGCGGAUCACUUGGCUGUAAAAUCUCUGAUCCGGGCCUAUCAGAUCCGGGGCCACCAUGUGGCCCAACUGGAUCCCCUUGGAAUUCUGGAUGCUGACCUGGACUCAUUUGUACCCUCGGAUUUAAUCACCACCAUCGAUAAGCUCGCCUUCUAUAAUCUUCAUGAAUCUGACCUGGACAAGGUUUUCCGUUUGCCCACAACCACCUUCAUUGGGGGCACAGAGAGCACCCUGUCUCUGAGGGAGAUUAUCAGGCGCUUGGAGAACACUUACUGCCAGCACAUCGGUCUGGAGUUCAUGUUCAUUAAUGACGUGGAGCAGUGCCAGUGGAUCCGGCGGAAGUUUGAGACUCCCGGAGUGAUGAAAUUCACCAAUGAGGAGAAGAGGACGUUGUUGGCUCGGCUGGUGCGGUCCACGAGAUUUGAGGACUUCUUGGCCCGGAAGUGGUCCUCAGAGAAGCGAUUUGGCUUGGAGGGUUGCGAGGUCAUGAUUCCUGCCCUCAAGACGAUCAUCGACAAGUCAAGCGAGAUGGGAAUUGAGAACGUGAUUCUGGGAAUGCCUCACAGGGGCCGGCUCAACGUCUUGGCCAACGUGAUCCGGAAAGAGCUCGAGCAGAUUUUCUGUCAGUUUGACUCCAAGUUGGAGGCAGCAGAUGAGGGCUCUGGGGAUGUCAAGUAUCACUUAGGCAUGUACCAUGAGAGGAUCAACCGAGUUACAAACAGGAACAUCACGCUGUCCUUGGUGGCCAACCCCUCCCAUCUGGAGGCUGUGGACCCUGUGGUGCAAGGGAAGACAAAAGCUGAACAGUUCUAUCGGGGAGAUACAGAAGGCAAGAAGGUCAUGUCCAUCUUGGUCCAUGGAGAUGCAGCCUUUGCGGGGCAGGGUGUUGUAUAUGAGACUUUCCAUCUCAGUGACCUGCCAUCCUAUACCACUAACGGCACUAUCCAUGUCGUGGUCAACAACCAGAUUGGAUUUACUACAGAUCCCCGAAUGGCCCGCUCCUCCCCCUACCCCACAGAUGUGGCUCGUGUGGUCAACGCACCCAUCUUCCACGUGAACGCGGAUGACCCUGAGGCUGUGAUCUACGUCUGCAGUGUGGCUGCUGAGUGGAGGAACACCUACCACAAAGACGUUGUGGUGGACCUGGUGUGUUACCGCCGGCGCGGGCACAACGAGAUCGAUGAGCCCAUGUUCACGCAGCCUCUCAUGUACAAGCAGAUUCACAAGCAGACGACGGUCUUGAAGAAGUACGCAGACAAGCUCAUCGCUGAGGGCACCGUCACCUUGCAGGAAUUUGAGGAAGAGGUCGCCAAAUACGAUAGGAUUUGUGAAGAAGCUUUUACCAGGUCCAAGGAUGAGAAGAUUCUGCAUAUUAAACACUGGCUGGAUUCCCCAUGGCCUGGCUUUUUUACCGUGGAUGGAGAACCUAAGAGCAAGACUUGCCCUGCCACGGGCAUCCCCGAGGACAUGCUGUUGCACAUUGGUAAUGUGGCCAGCUCAGUACCCCUUGAGGAUUUCAAGAUCCAUGGAGGCCUCUCUCGUAUCCUGAAAAGUCGAGCGAAGCUGGUCAAGAGUCGGAUGGUGGACUGGGCCCUGGCCGAAUACAUGACCUUCGGCUCCCUCCUGAAAGAGGGGAUCCACGUGCGGCUGAGUGGGCAGGAUGUGGAGAGGGGCACAUUCAGUCACCGGCACCAUGUGCUACAUGACCAGGAAGUUGACCGGAGGACGUGUGUUCCUAUGAAUCACCUCUGGCCUGACCAGGCCCCCUACACCGUGUGCAACAGCUCCCUCUCAGAAUAUGCAGUCCUGGGGUUUGAGCUUGGCUUUGCCAUGGCCAGUCCCAACGCCCUCGUGUGUUGGGAAGCCCAGUUUGGUGACUUCCAUAACACUGCUCAGUGCAUCAUUGACCAGUUCAUCAGCUGUGGCCAGGCCAAGUGGGUACGACACAACGGCAUCGUGUUGCUCCUGCCCCAUGGCAUGGAGGGCAUGGGCCCUGAACAUUCCUCUGCCCGACCGGAGAGGUUCCUGCAAAUGAGCAACGAUGAUUCAGAUGCCUAUCCAGAGUUCGGUGAUGACUUUGAAACGGGACAGCUUUAUGAUUGCAACUGGAUUGUGGUCAACUGCUCCACACCUGCUAACUUCUUCCACGUGCUACGGAGGCAGAUUCUGCUCCCUUUCAGAAAGCCGCUGAUCAUCUUUACUCCCAAGUCCUUGCUUCGGCAUCCUGAGGCCAGGUCCAGCUUUGAUGAGAUGGUGUCUGGUACCAGCUUCCGACGCGUGAUUCCUGAGGAAGGCUCAGCUUCCCAGGCACCGGAGGAUGUGAAGCGGCUGAUAUUUUGCACAGGAAAGGUGUACUAUGACCUAAUAAAGGAACGGAAAAACCAAGAUCUGGACAAGCAAGUAGCUAUUACUCGGGUAGAACAGAUCUUUCCCUUCCCCUUUGACCUCAUAAAACAAGAAAUUGAAAAAUACCCAGGAGCUGAACUCAUCUGGUGUCAAGAAGAGCACAAAAACAUGGGCUAUUAUGACUAUAUCAGUCCUCGGUUCCUCACUCUCAGCCGGACUCGGCCCAUAUGGUACGUUGGUCGUGACCCAGCUGCUGCCGCCGCCACAGGGAAUAAGAAUACUCACCUGGUCACUUUGAAAAAGUUUCUGGACACAGCCUUCAACCUGGAGGCAUUUGAGGGAAAGACAUUUUAGAGCUGCGGGAUGGGACUGCCUUCUCUCUCCCCUUUGAGGUGACUGAGUGAUGCUAAUGAGACAGAGUGGCUUCCAAAGAUUGUGAGAUGACCUCAAGGAAACACAGGAAGUGGGUAGAGGGCCAGCCUUUUGUGGGGUUGAUUUUUUCUUUUUUCUUUUGAGGUCCUGAAGAAGGAAGAGAGACCUGAACAGGCACAGAAAGAAAAAGACCUUGGGCUGGAGUUUCAUUCAGGGCUAACAACACAGCUUUACCUCUCCCCUCUGACCUGCUGGUUUAACUCUCUUUUCCUGGGUUCUCUUCUUGCCUACUUCAUCAUGAUCUUUUUCUGAAGCCAAUGGAAAUGACUGGUUGGUCGAGACCAGCCUGCCUGUCUCUUGCCCUUUUUUUGCAGCCCAAUGUGAUUAAAUGAAUAAGCAGUAGAUGAAAAGAUAUUAUUUUGUGUUCUCCUAAAUGGGAAUUUCAGCAAUAAAACCUGGGUGAAGCUAAGUAAUGUUGGAGCAAUUGGGGUUUUUUGUGCCCUGUUUUACAGGGCCACAUAAUAUAAAGUUCGUCUACUCCUCUGAUCAGUGUGCCCAGGACUCAAUGUGUACCAAAGUAGAAAACAGAAUUAAUGUAGAAAUAAACAAUGGUAAAACAGAUCUUCUUGC